AGAAGAGUCGUUAAUCGGCUUUCCGCAGAGGGGACAUGUACACUGAUCAGAACUCUGAUGAUCAUUCAGUGCCACCUGUCAGUGUCCAUCAGUGCCUUGUGUCAGUGCCACGUGCCAGUGCCACAUCAAUGCCACAUAUCAGUGCAUACCAGUGCACAUCAAUGCCACAUAUCAGUGCCCAUCUGAGCUGCCUUUCAAUGUCACCAAUCAGUGCCAGUCAGUGCUACCUAUCAGUGCCAGUCAGUGCCACCUAACAGUGCAAGUCAGUGCUGCCUAACAGUGCCCGUCAGUGCUGCCUAUCAGUGCCAUAUAUCAGUGCUGCCUUUCAGUGCCCAUCAGUGAUGCCUGUCAAUGCCCAUCAGUGCAACCUACCAGUGCCACCUAACAGUGUCCAUCACUGCAGCCUCAUUAGCACACAUCAGUGAAGGAGAAAAAUAACUUCUUUACAAAAUUGUAUAACAAAAACUAAGAAAAAAUGUUUUGUUUUCAAAAUUUUCAGUGGUUUUUGGUUUGUUUA